UUACAGACCAAAGCUACGCCGGUAACCUGCUGUUUUGAUUUAGCAUGAGUGUCUAAAUCGUAAAUAGAAGGAUUUCCCGUUCACCUGAGAGAAAAAUUGACUCAAUUUGUUAAGGAGUGGCUCUGAGGAACCCUGCGAGGUGCCAGACAUCGUCUUAUCUCAGUGCCAUGAAGGCUGAUACUAUCGUGAAAAUUUUCAAGGCAGCAGCUCAACAGCCUGCUCCUGCCUCUGCUUGGAUUUUAAAGUCUGGAGCAGCCCCAGGGAAAAGUAUAACCCUUCUAUCAAAAUGGUCACAGCGAAAUUUGGAACGGGGAAAGAUGGUGAAGUUCCAGCAGACUCACAUUAUUGACCCUUCUACAUCCAAAGCCACUGACAUGCUACCAGUUGACGUUUCUACUGAGUCCUUAUCUCGAAUUUCUAAUUCUGAUGAGCAUCGUGCAAUCCUACGUGAGGUUCCUUCAAAUGGUUCAAAUGGAGCUAACAAGCAAUACCUGGAAAUAUGGAAACAUCAUCAGCUCUAUCAGAAUUAUGACCUUGGUGCAUUAGAUGUGCAUGGUGAUGUUUACACUGAUGAUGACUUCAGUGCGUUGGAAUGGUCUCCCUGUGAAACAAAGAUCCUUUACGUAGCAGAAUGCAAAGUCCCCAAGUCUGAACCAUUUUAUAAGCCGAAACCUCAGGAUUCUAAAGAGAGUAAAGAGAACGAACUUGAGAAAGCUCCUCAGAAGGGUGAAGAAUACACCUACAGAGCAGAGUGGGGCGAACUUCUAGUUGGCAAACAUCAAUCUGUUGUUGUCAUAUGUGAUUUGAAAACGGGGCUGUUGACCCGACUGGACAAAAUCCCAUCAUCAUACUCACCUGCUCAAGUACUGUGGACACCCGACGGCAAUGGCAUUGUAGGAGUUGCAUUUAAAAAUGAACCGAGACGUCUUGGUCUUGUAUACUGUACCAAUCGGGAGUCUAUUAUUUUUCACUUGUCACUUGACAAGGGAGAGUUCAGUAUUUUGUCAACUGCUGGUGAGGCUGUCCGUUCACCAAGGUUCAGUCCCAACGGUGAGUACUUGAUUUGGCUUCAGAGAAAAGCUGGAGGUCCACACCAUGCUGGCCAGCAACUUAUGUGUUGCUCAUGGAAGACUAAAAAGGUACUGCCUAUCAUAGGCUUGGUCAAUAGCCAAACCAGUAUUGCUAAUGGGAGACCAUUCUAUGGAAUAUAUGCAUCUCGACUGCCCAAACGUUGUUGGUCCAUGGAUUCUCAGAGAGUGCUCUUCAGUACACCUCAACUAUGUCGAGUAGCAAGUUAUGUUGUUGACAUAAGAAAUGGAGAUGUCACUGAACUGGUUUGGCCUUUUGAAGGAGCUACUGAAGGGUCGGGUACAAUUUUGGAUGUUCUACAAAAUACUGUUGUAAUGUCACGCGGUUCUCUUCGCGAACCUGCUGGUUUAGUCUUAGCUGAUUUGCCACCUUCAGGACAAGAGCACACUGUCAAAUGGAUGCAGGUUACAACGUGGAUGCCGCCCACUGAUCUGCAGAAGUGUCAUGUACAAUACAUGCCACUGGUUGCAAAAAACACUUCAGAUUCUGUUCGGGACUUCAAUGCCAUCUACAUAGGUCCUCAGGGUAAACCAAAUGGUUCAGUUCCGCUCAUAGUCUUUCCACAUGGAGGACCUCACUCAUGUUUCACUGAUGAGUACAGUUUAGGUGUUCGUCUCAUGGUUACAAUUGGAUAUGGAGUGCUUAUGGUAAAUUACCGUGGAUCAAUUGGAAGUGGUGACGACAGUGUAAACUUCUUGCCAAAGCGUGUAGGUGAUGCAGAUGUGAAAGAUGUUCAUCAAGCAGCACAAGCUGCACUGGAACAAUUCCCUUGUCUCAAUCCCAAGAAAUGUGUUCUCUUUGGAGGAUCUCAUGGUGGUUUCCUUGUUACUCAUCUCAGUGGGCAGUACCCUGAUAACUACUGUGCUGUUGUUGCUAGAAACCCUGUUGUAGACAUUGCAUGCAUGUCUGGCAUCUCAGAUAUUCCAGAUUGGUGCUACACAGAGGCUGGUCUUGUAUACAACCCCGCAUCUGUGGUGACAAAGGAUGAACUGGAUGCAAUGAGACGCUGCUCACCAAUCCAAUAUGCAUCCAACGUGAAAGCACCAACUCUGCUUAUGCUCGGCAAAAAAGAUUUGAGAGUGCCUUACAGCCAAGGCCUAUUGUAUUAUCACACUUUGCAUGCCAAUGGGGUCACAACCAAGGUCCAUGUUUAUGAAGAUGUUCAUGGUCUUGGGAAUGUGCCUGUUGAAAUGGACAGCAUCAUUAACUCACUCCUCUGGUUUGAGGAGCACAUUGGGUGAAGGUGGCUUGCCAGCAAUAGAGCUGGCAAAAAGAGAAAAUGUGUUACAUCAUCAUUCAUUGAAAUUGAUCCUUGGGACUAAAUUUUUAACCCCAUGAUUGUUGUGUGUUGUCAUAGUCUUUGAUUAAUGUGUGUGUAUUAAUGUUAAGAAAUAAAAUUAAUUUCAUACUUUCA